UAAGUUUGUCAGUGUUUGUCGGGAAAAAGCAAGGCACAGUUCAGACCUCAGACGUUAGCAGACGUUCGUGACGAGCGGUUGUAACGGAAAGUUUACGUUUAUUUUGGAUAUCACGCGCGCGCGUCGUCUACAGCUGAAGAAAGUAACGGGUAAACGGAGUAAACAAGUGCGUGCGUGCAAGCAAGGGCGAGGCGAAAUGCAAUAAACAUAGCAGCAGCCGCCCUCUCAGCUGAAUGUUUGCUAAACAAAUAACGGAAUAAAAACAAAUUCACAGUGGUACAAGUGUGCUCACUACGCACCGUGUGGCCAAAAUCUUAGAAACAUGUGCAAACUAUUUCAAAUUGUGUAAAUACACAUGCAAAAAAAAAAAUGCCAAAACGACGUGAAGGCAAGAGAAUCAAACCAGAAAAUGUUGAUUGAGUGCAUUUUGCAACACAUUCCCCGAUCAUAAGACGAACACAAACGGCAUAAAAAGCAAAGCUAAAUCAGAAUCAAAACAAACUGCCAAAAGGAAAGCUGGUCGUUAGAGGCAAGCAGGCAGCCACCCACCAACCAAGCUAAACAGUAGCGAGCGGAGUUUGAAGGUAACGAGUGUGAGCAGACGAGCGAGAUACAGCUACAGCAAAUGAACUACACCCAAGAGAGCGUUGUUGCAGCAGCCGUUGCAGCCGCCAAUCAGCAUCAUCUCCAAGCACAUCAGCAUCAACACAUUAUCCCAUUGCCCAACUACAGCGGCCCGUCGGCGUUGGGUUCAGGCGCUGGCAGUGGCAGCAACGCUGGCAGCGGAGUCGGUGGCGGGGGCGAUAGCUCACCCAAAAUCAUGGAAUGGACCAACGACGAUGCACUGGAGUUGAUCGAACAAUAUCGUUGCCACACUGAGCUAUGGAAUCGAGCCGAUCCCAAGUACAAGGACAAGUUGUGUCGCUUUCGCGCCUGGUCGGAAAUCGCCGAUCGCUUUGGCUGCAGCAAGGCCGAGGUGGAGCGCAAGAUGAACGUGCUGCUGACACAGUAUCGACGCGAGAAGCACAAAAUGUUCGUCAAACUCUAUCAGGGCAUACAGCCCAAUCCGUCCAAGUGGUACGCCUUCAAGCGCUUCGACUUUAUGGAAGCUGGCGGUGGCAGCUUGAGCGGACCGGUGGCCACGUCAGUUGCCGGUUCCGCAGCGCUCAACGGGCUAAAUGGAUUGGCUGCUGCAGCAGCCGCCUACGAGAGCAGCACUGUCAACGCCGCCGCCAACAGUGGCGCUGGUCUCCACCAUCCCUUGGGGGGCGGAGGCACUACAACAACAACAUCUAGAGCAGCAACGCCCGCAUCGCAGCACAGACGCAUCAAGACCAAAGAGCUCAAAUAUUUUGGCGCGAUGGGCCUCAAUAUACCAAUGCUGAUAGCUAGCAGUCAAACAAUGGACAACUGGAACACGGCGGGCCAAUAUUCACCACCUAUAGGUGGCGCUGGUGGAGGCGCAGGAGGACCGGGAGGAGGGGCCAAUGCUCAACAGCUGCGAGUGCCAAUGCCCAUGGCCUAUGCAAGUGGCGGCGGCGGGGGUAGCAGCAGCAGCGAUUUUCAACCCAGUCCGCACAAGACAAUGGACACGUCGGACAAUGAGGAUAAUAACAACAGAACUGAGGCAACCGCUGCGGCUCUGGGUCAGCUGGCGGCCAAGGUGGAGCGACGUUCGCCGUUGUCCUGUAACACGGGCGGCUGCAGCAGCAGCGUGGAAGGCGGCAUGGGAGGUGGGGAGAGCACUAACAACGAGAGCAUAAACAUCGAACGCGACCCGGCGGCUUUGGUGACAACAGCACUAAGCGAAGCAGGUUCAAGUCCCAUACCCAACACCAACAUGCAUGAGGCGCACAAGAAUCACCUGCGACAAACGAGUCCAGCGUCGGUGCGUGCAGUGACGCCACGUCAAGCGCACGAGCAACUGCAUCAUGGUCAUCAUGCGCUACCUUCGCAACAGCAGCAGCAGCAGCCGGCGCAUCAGCAUGCCCACCACUCCGAGGACUUGGAUAUUAAGCAGGAGCUUGUGGAUUACUUUCAUGCCGCUCCGGGUGGUGGUGGUGGUGCACCAGCGCCACCGGACACACAUCGUUCCUACAGCUCGGCGGGUGAGGAGAGUCGCAUGCAGCUGGAAAUGGCUCAGGAUUUGCGUGUGGCCCAGGCCAAGGCCACCUUGGGCGGCUUUGUCCUGCCGCCGCGUUGCAGCAGCGCUCAGCUGACGAGUAUGCCGCUCAACAUGCGCAAACUGAGUCCUGGUCAUAUGCUCAUGAAUACGCUGCUCAACUCCAGGGAGAGCAUGUCGGAUGCCGAUGGCGAUGUGGACAACGACGAAGCCACCGAAUCGGCCGCCAGUCCGGGCCACAUCAAGAGCAGCGUCUCGGCCCAGGCAGCUUCAGCGGCAGCGCUCUAUGCCGAGAGUCUUAAUCGCGAUGAUUUCGAUUUUGUCGGCUCGAACGUCUCGAUGAAAUUGCGCACCAUGGAUCGCACGCAGCGCAUCAUUGCCGAGAAGCUCAUUAGUGAGGUGCUCUACUAUGGACAGUUCAACGAGCUGGAGCGCACGGCGCGCAUUCAGCCUAAGUGACAGUGUCGCCUCAAGAAGUGGACGGGCAUGGGCGCUAGGAUGGGUGCGGGUACGGGUACGGGUAAGGGUAUGGGCGUCGGUAUGAGAGUGGAUAUGGCAUCGGGAGCUGGUGUUACAGCUGGACUGGCGUUGGCUUGGCACAUGGCAAAUAGACCUAACGAAAUUCCAUUGUAAAAAUGAAAUAGAAGACGGUCUGGAAUAGCAAACCACAGCAGCAGCAGCAACAGUAACAACAGACAGUACAAUUUUUAUAUAUGUAUAUGUAAUAGUUGGUCAGAGACAUAUAUAUAGUCCUACAAUUUGUACAAAUCAGAGAGGGGGCCUAGUUACUUAGAGAUCCGAAAACGGUUUGGAGUCAAGACAGCAUAACUAUAAGCCAGAGCUAUAAAAGAACACAAUCAUUCAUUCAAAUCGAAUCGAAUCGCAUUUUAAAUCAAUGCAAUUUUAAAAGUAAAGUAGUUGGAGUUAGAUUGGAAUCGAGCUUGCAUUGAUUUACAGCCCUGCAAACUAAAACUAAGAAUGAAAAAACAAAAGUUACUCGCUGUUCUGCUUUCAGGCUGUUCAAGUGUUUCAUCUUCAAUAUUACAAAAUAGCUAAUAGCAUUAUAAACAAUACAUACAUAGGGUUAGUGUGGGUCGGUAACGGCAUACCUGAGACAUCUAACUAAACGGAAUCUCAGUAUUAUUUAUAAAAUACAAAUAUAUAGAAUACCAUUGAAUG